UCACUAUACAAAUGAAGUAAGGAUUAAAACAUAAAAUAUUUUUACAUAAAAAAUUUAAACAGUGUAAUGAUAUAAAAUGGAAGCAUAUAAUUACUCAUACCCUUCUGCGUUUAAUUCAAGACAAGCAGAUAAUUUUCCUGACCAUGGGGAUGGGUUUGGAGACUAUUAUGACUUGAACACAAUACAUGAGGAUAAAUCGAACAAAAGAAGCCGCUCAAAAACACGCACGGCUAGAAGAGAUAAAAGAUCAAGGAGCAGAACGUCACAAUCAGAUCGAUCACAGUCACGGUCGCGGUCAGUCUCCCAUUCACGGUCACGGUCUCACAGUCACAGUCGAAGUCACUCAGCUACCACCCGAGAGCUCAAAAGAAGAGAACCAAGCUUCUUGGAUGCUUUUCGCAUCUUAUAUUUAAAAACAAGUAGCCACAAGAAAAGCACCACCAAAUAUUUGUCGACCAAGAAACGCCUGGACAGGGUGCAAGAUAUUCUGAAACGUGAUGGCCUCGGGUCCAAGCGAUGGUUGUUCUACCCACGUUCACAUGCGGCUACUGACGUGGACGAAGUGCCAGACUCCAGGGAGAACUGCGAUCAGAGGAUCAAAGUCGACGGGCACUUCUUCAGGAAGUACAAGCAUAGCAAAAAGAUUGACAGAGACGCACCGAUCGCAAAACUCAAGCGAUGGGAGUUGAUUUUUUAUAAGAAGUUAGGUUUUAUACAAGCAGUGUAGUAAUUAUAUUGAUUUUUAGCG